GUAAGAAAGAAAUGUCUGCCCAAAAAGCUGUCAAGAGUUCUCACUUCGAGGCAGAAUCCAACAUGGAACAAGAUAUCGUUAGAAAAGCAUGGGUGUUUAAGCCAAGUGGUCUUAACUUCGUAUGGGGUGGUGACUCUCGGUACUGGGUCAUCCCUAAAGAAGACAGGACGCCUGCUGAACUGAAGAUGGUGAGUUGGUUAGAAGUAACCGGUUCCUUUGACAAGGUCGAACCAGGCAAAACGUACCGAAUCGGUUUCAAAAUCUCCUUCACAGGUGAUGCAACAGGAUGGGACAAGGCUCCGGUUUUCAUGUCAGCCAAAGUUGGGAAGAAAGGCAAGACAAUUUGGAAAAGAAUCAAGUCAAUCAACACCAACUUCGCGAAGCUUAGAGACGGUACAGAACCGGUUACCAUACCAGAUGAAACUGAUGGAAGAUUCGAGAUCUUUGUCAGUCCCAACGUACCAAUAACACAAGAAACCAAGCUUCAGUUUGGUUUGUAUGAAGUGUGGACCGGAAAAUGGAAGUCAGGUCUGUUGAUCUAUGACGCUUUUGUUCAAGAAGUGUAACAGAGAUUAUGAAAUCAUCACUUCUAAAGAUCGAAUGUCACAAGAACCUUAUCCAAUUUUAUAAUAAUAUAUAUGUUCCAUCAAUAAGAAUCAGUUUGUGCACAUACACAUACACAACAACAUUCUCUAACACUAUUCUCAGCUCCAACUAUAACCAAUAUAAAUGAAAAACGAAGCUGAUUAAUAAUCUUUGUGUAACCUAACCAAUAGACUUAAAAAUGCUGGCUUAAUCCUAUGAGAGAAGAACUCCUAACACAGCCACUUAUGAUGUGCAAAUACAAAGCUAGACAUAACGUGACUAUAACAGAAGACUUAGCACCAACAUAACUCUAUAACCUCUUCUUGAACCACUUCAAAGCUUUUUCUAAACCCUUGUAGCGUCUUCAACAUUACAAACCAUGAUUGAUUUUGCCGUUUCUAGUGUCACGCUCCCCGUUACAUCAAACAUGAUUACUUGGAACAGCCAAUGUAGUUUAGAUAGCAUUACUCUUGAACUCAUCAUCUUCUUCUUCUUCUAUCACGGUCCUUGAAGAAGAAGUAAAGACAUCAUGAGAGGUCUUAACAAGAGUCUUGAGCGCACCGUUACAAACGGAAACAAGAACGUCUUUGACGCUAUCCUGAUGUUUGGGAUUAGUCAAGCCUUGGAAAAUCUGAUCAUAAGUGUUGAUAUCAAUAGUCUUGUUGAGAUAAACAGAGACAGCAAUGCUUGUGAAUCUCUGAAUACAAUCAGCUAAAACCUCUCUACAUUUCUCAUCACAAAGCAAAUUCACCCAACGAGGAGAAGAAUCACACUCCACACCGUUCUCAUUCUCAUUAGAGUAAUAAUAAAGUCCAAGAACAAGAUUCUUAGCAAAGCUACCAAUCACAAUAGACAUGAAACCGGAUCCAGAUUCUGUUAAAGCCUUAUCGAUCACUCUAUCAACAACACUUGGUCCCGAAUCGUCAACGUCGUAUACACCACGAGAGACACCGAUGGUGAGAGCACGAGAGACGUUAGAGAGGGAUUUCGUGAACUCGUUGGAUUUGGCGAUCUUUGAGAUCUGUUUCAAUGUGUUUGGGAUUUGAUCGGAAUCGGAAUCGAGGAAUGUUUUGAAGUCACGUGAGACGAGGGAUAUGGUUUCGGUUGAGUCGGAGAUUAAUUCGGUUACGGAGAGGAGAGAUGUGAGAAUGUUCGUGAGGCGUUUUCUCUUGGUGGCGAUGGAUGGUAGAUGGUAGAGCUUGUAGGCUCCGUAACUAGAGACGCUGGAGAUCGCUAUGAGCAUUAGCCAUUUUCUUCUUCGUUGAGGUGUAAAGAGAUUCUUCUCUCCUAAUCGAAGAAGGUCCAUUCAAACGGAAACAGGAUUUUUUUUGCAAUUGAAUAUCUCACAAAAUCCAAUUUUGCAGAAUUGAAAAGGGAAUAAGGGUUUGUAAUCCUGAUUAGAUUGUGUUAUUCAGCUCAAGAUGAGUUUGAUAAAACUAAACCAUUGUUUCGGUUCGGUUCAGUUCGGUUUAGAUAUGUGAGUUUAAUUGUGGGCGGAGCUAGGUGAUUCUCUGUUGAGGUCCUUUA